AUGGUCAGUGGAGAACAUAAUCGCUUCAACUCAUCUUCAACCGACAGCUACAUCAAGGACCCGAUGGACACAGAAGGCGAGAGGAAGCUCACACCCGAAGAGCGCGAGAAGCUUACACCCGAAGAGCUCGAGAAGCUCAACAAAGAGCUCGCACGUAUCCAGCGUAACGCCGCACGCCGCAACGCUCGACACCAGGAAAAGCUGGCUGAGCGCCGCACCGCUCGGAUCGAGAAGAAGAGAACAGCUCGUCGCGCCACUCGGGCUCAGUAG